AUGCGGGCGCAGAGCCCGCGGCCGGGCUCCCCCGGGACGGAGGCUGUCCCUGCGCCUCCUCCCGCCACUGCCCCCGCGCUGUCCCGCAGGAGGUUCGUGGCCGGAGGGCAGUGCAAGUCGGCGGCCAAGCUGGAGGGGAAGGUGGUGAUAAUCACGGGAGCCAACACCGGCAUCGGGAAGGAGACAGCCAGGGACCUCGCGCGAAGAGGUGCCAGGGUGAUCGUUGCUUGCAGAGACACAGCGAAGGCAGAAGCGGCAGCCAGGGAGAUCCGAGCUGAGACAGGGAACCAGCAGAUCAUUGUGAAGAAGCUGGACUUGGCUGAUACCAAGUCCAUCCGGGAGUUCGCUGAGAAAUUUCUGGCAGAGGAGAAGGAACUCCAUAUUCUCAUUAAUAAUGCUGGUGUAAUGUUAUGUCCUUACUCCAAGACAGCUGAUGGCUUUGAGAUGCACCUGGGAGUCAAUCAUCUUGGUCACUUCCUCUUGACCUUCCUCCUGCUGGAAAGGCUGAAGCAGUCUGCCCCAGCCCGCAUAGUGAACGUGUCCUCGCUGGCUCAUCACGGGGGCCGAAUCCGCUUCCAUGACCUGCACGGUGAGAAGAGCUACAACCGUGGCCUCGCCUACUGCCACAGCAAGCUGGCCAACGUGCUCUUCACCCGGGAGCUGGCGAGGCGCCUGCAAGGCACUAAAGUCACAGCAAACGCUCUCCAUCCUGGUUCUGUCCAUUCUGAGCUGGUCCGGCACUCGCUUGUGAUGACGUGGCUGUGGAAAAUAUUCUCAUUUUUCUUGAAGACACCUUGGGAAGGAGCUCAAACAAGUAUCUACUGUGCAGUAGCAGAGGAGCUAGAGUCUGUAACAGGACAGUAUUUCAGCGACUGCCGGCCAGCUUAUGUAUCUCCACGAGGUCGGGAUGACGAGACUGCCAAGAAGCUCUGGAAUGUGAGCUGUGAGCUCCUUGGCAUCCAGUGGGACUGAGCAGCACAGACCUCACCCUGUACCUGGUUGAGCCCAGCAAUGCUUCUCCUGGGAAGAGCACUGCUGAGAGACCUGAAGACUAGAAUGCUUACACUUCACCUGCCCUUAUGAUGGUUUCAUGAACACAGUCUAAUGCGAAUUUCUGGAAUUCACACUGAAGGAUUGAAAUUUGUAAGCAACCAGCCUAGAUGGAGAAU